AUGUUCUUUCUCUACAAUCUCGAGCGUAGGGUUACCCUGCAUCCAUCCUACUUUGGCAAGAAUAUGCACGAACUUGUCACGGGCAAGCUCCUCAAAGAUGUCGAAGGAACAUGUACCGGUAGUUACUACAUCAUCUCCAUCAUGGAUACCUUCGAUAUCUCCGAGGGCCGUAUCCUUCCGGGAAGUGGUCUAGCCGAGUUCACCGUCGGAUACCGAGCUGUGGUCUGGCGACCUUUCAAGGGCGAAACGAUUGAUGCCAUAGUCAUGUCCGUCAAUCAGCAUGGAUUCUUCUGUGAAGCCGGUCCGCUUAGAAUCUUUGUCUCUACGCAUCUGAUCCCUAAUGAGGUCAGGUGGGACCCUAACGCCACCCCUCCGCAGUUCACCAAUAACGAAGACACGACCAUUGAGGUAAACACCCAGGUUCGAGUCAAGAUUAUUGGUACCCGAGCCGAAGUUGGUGAGCUCUGGGCUAUCGGCAGUAUUAAGGAGGACUAUCUUGGGUAA